GUGAAAUUCAGUCGUUAGCUCUAGUCGUGAACGCAACACAACAGAUUUUCGUCGUCACUCGCUUUUUUACCGAUUUUUCCACAAACUGUGUAUGGGCAGUGAACGUUACGUUCUCGCAUUUAUUUGAAAAGUUAAACAAUUUUCGGUUGAAAAUUCGUCGUAUUUACCGCAUAAUUUGAAUAAAAAAUUGCAAUAAAAAUCUUUGGAUUUCGAAAAGAAAUUCCUUUAAGAAAUAUCCGAAAAAACAUAUUUUUUUCUAAAUUCCGUGGCAAGAAUUCAGUAAAUAUCCAUAUGAUUACAUCCAGGGACAGUUGAACUAAAAAAGAAAAAAGUUGGUGAAGCGAAGCAAAGAAAAAUGGUGUGGUGAAAACUAAAAAAUAAAAAAGAGUGUAUGUGCCCUUUCCGCGCUAUUUGUUUGCUGAUAAGAAAAUAUCGUCGAAAUUGAGUACGUUGAGAGAGUUGGGCUAUAAAAGCGAGAGAAGACAGACAUUAUUUGUGUAUGGUGAAAAAUAGUCAGCAUAUGAGCCCAUUCAUUUUGUGUGAGAAAGCGAGCCUUUUAGCAAAAAAAAAACAAGUUAUCGUUUGUAACGUGUCCUUUUUAUGUGUCGCAUCGAAUGCAUCCGGUUGGUCAAACAAUUCCGUCGGUUCAACAUACGAAUUAUUUGCAUAAGUAAGCCAUCGACAGUUCGAACUAAGCUGGACGAAUAGCAUCAGCUCCGGUGUGUCGUUUUGUGUUUGGUGUAGAUUUUAACGCGAAUGCGAAAAAAACCAGAGCCGAGAAAAUACAUUGACGCUUUAAUUUUGAACAUUAUCUGAACACGUGAAAAAGAAAGCCGCAUUUAGCACUUACUUCAGACUAAAAACGUUGUUAAAGGGAGAGAGAGAGAAAGAGAGAGAGAGAAACCAUAGCAAUAAAUCGUGUGUUAUGCCGCAGAACCGGACACUUCAGCAUCCAUAAACAAAAAGCAACAAACAAAUCAAAGGCGCAAAGCAAACAGCAUUUUUGGCCGAAUUGUGUCCAGUUGGCCGAAGGCACACGAACAAAAACUACGCAAUUCUGAACGAAAGGCGAUUUGGCGACAAUUGUUGGGCACACACCACUGCAACCAAUAAUUCAAUUCGAUUUUUUCAAACCAAGCGCAGCAAACUAGUGUCGCGAGAUGGAGCGUGGAUUACAAAGUAUGACAGACGCGCAUGGGCUGUGUCUGCAAGAUUUCGUUACGGGCGGUACAAACAAUGGAACGAAUAACGAUCAUUUGCACAAUCAUCAUAAUUUGCAUGAUUCGGUUUCAUCAGCGGUUAGCGUAUCGUCGGCGAUCACAGGUCUUAUGUCAUCCGGUAACAAUAGUUUGAAUCAUUUGUCACAUGACACGACGAACCACCAUCAUCAUCAUCACAGUUUGUCGAAUACACCGACACUGCAUGAACCAUUGGAAAAAUUGAAACUCUGGGCUGAAACAGGUGAUUUCCGCGAUAAUAGCCACAGUUCGAUGACCAGCGUCGCAAACAGUCUCGAUAUCAGUCAGCUACAUUUCCAACCACCAACAAACCUACGGAACAACAAAACCAGAGACCGAAAGGCUGACGGCAAUCGAUCGUUGAACGAGCCAAAUGUGAAAGUGGAGAACACCAAUUUAGUGAUACACGAUGAACAAAUUGUGGGUAGUGAGGAAACGAAAAAUGAUAAAAAGAAUAAGCGACAGCGUCGCCAGCGAACCCACUUUACAUCGCAGCAAUUACAAGAAUUGGAGCAUACGUUUAGCCGAAAUCGAUAUCCGGAUAUGUCAACACGUGAAGAGAUAGCAAUGUGGACCAAUUUAACAGAAGCUCGAGUUCGGGUCUGGUUCAAGAAUCGUCGAGCAAAAUGGCGUAAGCGUGAGCGCAAUGCGAUGAAUGCAGCCGCUGUUGCAGCAGCCGAUUUUAAAAAUGGUUUCGGCACUCAAUUUAUGCAACCGUUCACCGAUACCGAUGCGUUGUACUCAUCAUAUUCGCCGUACAACAAUUGGGCUACAAAAGUACCAUCACCAUUGGGAGCAAAAACCUUUCCAUGGCCAGUGAAUCCAUUGGGUUCCGUGGUGACUCCGAACCAUCAUCAAAACUCUGUGAAUUGCUUCAACACAUCAUCGUCAUCGGUCAAUAUGAAUUCGACUGGAAUGUUGGCCGCAACUGGUAUGAGUGCGCCGUUAACAGCAACACCAACAGCAGGUACAUCAUGCCCGUAUACCGGUGCCGCAAAUCCAUAUUCGAUGUAUCAUCGCACACCGGCCGAACCAUGCACGGCCAUGUCAUCCAGCAUAGCCACACUACGAUUGAAAGCAAAACAGCACUCGUCUGGUUUUGCAAGCCCAUAUUCAGCGCCGUCGCCGGUAUCAAGGUCCAAUUCGGCCGGCUUAUCCGCCUGUCAAUAUGCUGGCAUCACCGAUGUGUGAGAUAACGGUUUCGGGGCCAUAUCGAAUAUAUUUUCGAAUCCUUCAUUGUAUUACAUCAACAACAAUAUGAAAUUCAAGCAAGAAUCAGACGAUGGUCCCAUGACAUUGACAUCAUCCAAGGAAACUGACGACGAGGAUGCUGUUAAUGCUGACAAUAUUCCAAACUAAACAAUACACCCAUUUAUCAUACAGACAGAGAAUCAAGCAAUAGAGUAUUCAUCGUUUCCACCUCAAACCGAUUUCUGUUAAACAAUCAACCAACUUUACGUGAUUCGUGUUCCAUUCGUGACUUUAAAGUUGAAUGAAUGCUAUAAAAUAAAUGACAUUUGGAAGGUUUCUCCAUACACCAAAAAGCUUCAGUACAGUUAUUAGGUUUUGCCGCACACACUUAUUCCUUCGUUUGGCUUGUUCGAAUUGAACGUAAAACUGAAUAGGAUAGAACAGAAGGAAAGAGAGAAAGAGAAAGAGACUGUCUGAGACAGAGACAGAGGAUAGGAAGGUAGGGAGAGAAAAAUAUAAUUUUUGCGUUUAAGUUAGAGUUUAACGUUUUCAAAAAUGAAGAGAAAAAACUCACUCAAAAUAAAGUUGUAUGCAUUUUGUGCAAUUUAAUUAAGAAUGUUUGAAUGCAGCGACUGUUCGCUAUAUAUAAAAUACAUUUGAACAAACACAACAUGGUUUGCUCUAUUUAGUUGUAAAGUCUAGUCUUAUUUUUCAUUUCAAUGCCAUUGAUUUAUUAUUUAAGAUGAACAACAAGUGAAUACAUUCUUUUGUACAAGCACUGGCCCAGCAUACAUUAUAUAUAAAGAAAAUAUUACACCGAUUGAGGAAAAGAUGCGAGAAAAAAAGAAAAACCAUUUGAAUACCUUCAAAUCCUAGUGUUAGAGAGACGUUGCCAAUAAACAUUAGCGCAUAAGUUUUUCUUUUUUGAGUAAAACCAAAAAAACCAAACAAAAAACUGAACUUGAGUAUAAUAAUGAACGGCUAUUAGAUUUUAUUGGUCAUGGCAUAUUAGCGCCCCAACAUUGAUUACACUCUAUUAUUAUUAUAUUAAAUAAUAGGCCAGCCACUAAGUGAAAUUACCAUUAAAGAAAAAUUCAUGUAUGAUUAGCUGUAACAUAAGGGUCAUCCAACCUAUCAUCAUUUAGUAUUUAUACCCGGGAGUAAAGUGGAAAAACCAUUGGAUUUUAACUAUUACCAUUUUAAGCUAGCAGACAAGAACAACAACAAAAAUUUACAAAAACAACAACCUGUAACUUAACAAUUAUUCUGUAAUCUUUUAAAUGUCAGAUUGUGUCAGAUUCACUAAAAACAAAUCACACACACACACAAAAAAAAAUGAAUGACUAAUCAAUUUUUAAGCAACUAAGAAUUUCGACGUACAUUUUAAACGGGCCGAUGAAGAGAAUGAACAAAAAUGAGUUAGUUCUCAAUGCAUAGCAAUUUAAGCAAAUCAAUCUAUAAAUUAUGGAUGUAAAUCUAGGAAAAAAAGACAAUACUUAAUCGUAAACUAUCCAAUGUGUGAAUGUUUCCAUGUCAUUUGUUCAAUCGAUUGAUUUUUAUUUUUGGUGAAAUGAUUCAAGGCAAAGACAAAGGCUCUCGGAAAUUUGUGCCUACAACGUCAAAGCAAUUGACAUUUCAAUGCUUUUAAGUCAGUAGAACGUCAAUGCUGCUAAUGACAUUGACGUUUCAGGCAAAAGCAACAUAGGCGAUUUUUGAGAGCCGUUGUAUAAUUUGAUAAUAUAUAGAAGAAAAAACUAGAAUGAUGAAUGUGAAUUAUCUGAAAAUUAGCAUUAUGUUAAUUAAAAACAGAUAAAACUAAUCGUCGCAUUGCAGUUUUUUUUCAAUCACAUAGUUUGCGCGCUUUCGAGAUAAUAAAAAGAGACAGAAAAGCGAAAAAAAGAAAAGAAAACGGCCGCUUUGAUAAAAGAGGAAUGUCUCGGUGUGUGUGUGUGUGUGUGUGUGUGUGUGUGUAUAUAAUAAUGUCAAUGAGUAUGAAUGUGUAGUUUUUGAACGGGAGUGGCAGAGUUGUUUCUAGAAAGCGAAUGAUUUGAAUAUUAUUGUGCGGCACAUCGAUAAAAAGCAAAACAGUUUUAUUUGAUCGGCUCUCACAAACAGAUCGGAAAAACCACUGAAAAAUGAACCUUGACAUUUUUAUUGGGCGAUUUUGAUGAUCCGAUGAAACGACGAUUAUUUUAUUGCAUUAAAAGGGAAAUCUUUGGGAAAGAUACCGAUGGCAAGGCAAAAGUUCAACCAAUUAAUCGCGAUUAUAUGAACAGUAUUUGACACACAUUUAACUCUUUCUUAUCUGGGAUGAUUAAAAAAAAUCUUUUUGUUCAACAGAAGACAAAAGCCCGUACAAUAAAUGGAUGAAUCAAUUUAGAAAUAAUAAUCAAUGCAUUGCGUUGCUUCAUUACAAAAAAAAAAAAAUAUUUACAAAUGUAUUUCCUAUAAAUAUGGUAUACUUCCUUUACAAUUUAUUGAAUUAAAACAAAAUAACUAAAUUAUUUCCUUUGUAGAUACGAGAAAGGAAGUUCUAUUAGUAUAUUGUAUGAACCAUUGCAAAAAAAAAACAUACACAAAAAAUGAAGAACAAAACCCAAAUCUUACAAAUAUUUAACAAUGUAAUGAUGCUAAAUUAAAUACCAAAUUAAAGAUUCAGAGUAAAUUAAUAAUAAAAUGAGAA